AUGUUAAGUGUUGCAGUAUUUUCUUCUUCUGAUGAAGAAGAAGAGCAAACCAGUGCAAGAAAUCAAUCCAUUUACCGAAGACAGCUAAGAUAUAAAUCAAAUAUACUUUCCCUACCAAGUUCAAUAUUUGUUAGGAAUUUUCGGUUGAAUAAAGCAUCCUUCCAAUAUGUUUUAAGGACGAUAUCACCAAAACUUUGUGAUCGAUCUAGAUCAACAAGUGUGAGUAAAACAUUACGGUUAGCAGCAACACUUCGAAUACUUGCUGAAAGCUGCUAUCAAAGAAGUGCAGGAAACGACUUCAAUGUAGGUCUUGCUCAGCCAACAACAAGUUGUGUGUUCAAUGAGUGUGUGGAGGCAAUGUAUAGUGAGCUUUGUCCGAAGUGGGUUUCAUUUAAAAUGACUGAAGCGAAAAAGUUAGAAAUAAAGGAAUUUUUCUAUAGGAAGACCGGCUUUCCAGGUGUAAUAGGAUGUGUAGAUGGUACACACAUAAAGAUUUGGCCAUCUCUAUCCGAACGAUGGAAAUAUUAUAAUAGAAAGGGAUACUACAGUCUAAAUGCUAUGGUGGUCUGCGAUCACAAGCUAAGGAUACGUUACCUGUCUCCACAUCAUCCCGGGUCAGCACAUGAUUCUUUGGUUUGGAAUGCUAGUGAUCUAAAGUCAUAUCUGAGAGAUAUGUAUGAAAAUGGAGAAAGAAAUACAUGGCUAUUAGGGGAUGCCGGAUAUCCACUGGAACCUUAUUUGAUAACUCCAUUUAGAACACCAGAAGAAGGUAGUCGUGAAUGUCGAUUUAAUUUAGUUCAUUCAAAAACCAGGAAUGUGGUAGAAAGGACAAUCGGUGUUUUAAAAAACCGUUUCCGUUGUCUCCUUGGUGCUAGACAACUACACUAUUCCCCAAACCUGGCUGCAAAAAUUACUUCGGUUUGUGCAGCAUUGCACAAUAUAUGCAUCCAUUUCAAGAUCGAUUCCACUGCAUUUGACAAUAUUGUGGAAAACCAGGAAGUAUAUGGUAGCACAGGAAAUAACGUCGACCUCACAGCAACAAAUAUAAGAGUAAAUAUAAUGAACUCAAUGAAUUUUUAA